UGCCCAUCUCUCUCUCUGUCCCUCUUCCACCGCCCUAGUUUUUCUAAAACCCUAGGUUUCUAGGGUUUGACGGCCAUGGCGAACAAAAAGGAGAGGAAAGUCAACAUCUCCGGAAAGCCGAAGCACUCUCUCGAUGUCAACCGCAGUAAUGGCGCCGGCGUUGACAAAGGCGCUCGAUCCGCCGCCACGGUUCGCCGUCUCAAGAUGUACAAUACUCGACCUAAACGAGAUCGAAAGGGGAAGAUUUUGAAGCACGAUUUGCAGUCCAAGGAGCUCCCCAAUACUAGAAUUGAGCCCGAUCGUCGUUGGUUCGGUAAUACUCGGGUUGUAAAUCAGAAAGAACUUGAGUUCUUCCGAGAGGAAUUGCAGAACAAACUUUCUAGCAACUACAAUGUCAUAUUGAAGGAGAGGAAACUGCCACUUUCUCUUCUAAAUGACCAUCAGAAGCAAGCGAAAGUACAUCUUUUAGAUAAUGAGCCUUUCCAAGAUGCAUUUGGACCGAGGUCUAAAAGGAAGCGCCCAAAACUUCUAGCUUUUGAUUAUGAAUCAUUAGUUAAGAAAGCUGAUGGUUCUCAAGAUUCCUUUGAGAAAAAACUUUCUAACUCUUCUGAGGAUGGAAAUGAAGAAGAUGGCUUUAGAGAUUUGGUUAGGCAUUCAAUGUUUGACAAGGGGCAGAGUAAGCGUAUUUGGGGGGAGCUCUACAAAGUUGUGGACUCUUCAGAUGUAGUUGUCCAGGUGAUAGAUGCUAGGGAUCCACAAGGGACAAGAUGCCGCCAUUUAGAAAAGCAUCUGAAGGAGCACUGCAAGCACAAGCACAUGGUUCUUCUGUUGAACAAGUGUGAUUUGAUUCCUGCAUGGGCUACAAAAGGAUGGUUGCGUCUGCUGUCCAAGGAAUAUCCUACUUUAGCUUUCCAUGCAAGUGUCAAUAAAUCUUUUGGCAAGGGAUCACUUCUUUCGGUGUUAAGGCAGUUUUCUCGCUUAAAAAAUGACAAGCAAGCUAUAUCUGUAGGGUUCGUCGGAUAUCCCAAUGUUGGAAAGUCAUCAGUCAUUAACACACUACGCACGAAGAAUGUCUGCAAGGUGGCUCCUAUUCCUGGGGAGACUAAAGUGUGGCAGUACAUUACACUUACCAAAAAGAUAUUUCUGAUUGACUGUCCUGGAGUUGUUUACCAAAACAAGGACUCAGAAACUGAUAUCGUCCUCAAGGGUGUGGUGCGUGUCGAAAAUUUGGAAGAUGCUUCAGAUCACAUAGGAGAGGUCCUCAGACGUGUAAAGAAGGAGCAUUUGAAAAGAGCAUAUAAGAUAAAUGAUUGGGUGGAUGGAGACGACUUUCUUCUUCAGCUUUGCAAACAUACAGGAAAGCUGUUAAAGGGAGGCGAGCCUGAUUUGACAACUGCAGCCAAGAUGGUUCUUCAAGACUGGCAACGGGGUAAGAUACCCUUCUUUGUACCUCCACCGCAAGAAGGCGACGCUUCACAGGAUACAUCAAUUCCAUCGGUUACCAGUGGAGGAGAAGCUUCAAUCAGCACAGGGCGUGAAGACGCAGCAAUGAAAGUGAUUGCUGGUAUUAUUUCGUCUCAGCAGAAGAUGCAUGUUCCUGCACAAAAGAACUUCUUUGAUGAUGACAGUGGUGAACCUGAGAGUGAGAAUUUGGAUGAGCCGGAGAAUGAAACCCUGGAGGAGCCAGUCGCUGAUGAGUUGGAGAGUGACAACGAAGAGGAGCCAAUGGGCGAGGAUGAAUGAUCUGUAGCAUAUGCAAAAAAAAAAAAAAAGAAUAUUUGUUGUUUAUUUUUUAUUUUGGGUGGUUGUUAAACAUUUAAUUUCUAGGAUCCAGUUUGAUGUUUGGAUGAGAUUUUUUUUUUUUACUCCAAAGCCUUUUAGUCACUUGCCUGAAGGAGUUACAGAGUUUUUAAAUUAACAUUAUUAAUUGUAAUCUGUGCUAAAGGUUAAAAUUUCUUUCUGCAUUUUCGA